AUGAAGAGCAUCUUUGUUCACCAGCUGCUGAGCAACAAAAGGGUUCGAUCAAUGCGUACAAUCAGGGAACAAGAAACAUAUCUCUUCAUCAAAAGGAUACAAGCUCAACCUCCCAGCCACCCGGUCAACCUAACCGAGAUGUUCUCCGAGUUCGCAUACAACGGGAUUUACAAGUCCACUUUUGGCUGGAAACAGGGCUGGUCGGACAAUGGGCGAGUUUUUUCAGCGCUGAUGACGGAAUUUAUGGACGUGUUGGGGACUAUCAGCAUAGGAGAUUUCGUCCCGUGGCUUUCUUGGGUCACGCGCGUAAAUGGUUUUGACAAGAGAGUGGACGCAGUCUUCAAGAGGCUUGAUGGUUUCUUGGAGGAAGUUAUUGAGGAACACUUAAAAGGGGAUAAUGAUUGUGAUCUCUCGGACGAAAAUGGAGAAAGCUUUGUCGAUAUUUUGAUUCAUUACUUGAAAGAAAACACCAAUUGCGGUGAUACCAUUUCGGCAGUCCUCGAAUGGAUAAUGGUCGAGCUACUACGACACCCUAAGGUCAUGGAAAGACUGAUGACCCAAGUGCGACAAACCAUAAAACAUAACAUAAUAACGGACGAUGAUUUGAGAGAAAUGCAUUACUUAAAAGCGGUGAUCAAGGAAAGCCUUCGUUUCCACCCGCCAAAGCCGUUGCUAGUCCCUAGAGUUGCACGGGAAGAUGUGAAGGUCAAAGGGUACAAAGUCAAAGCAGGAACAAUCGUGAUGACCAAUGUGUGGGCCAUAGGCAUGGACCCGACAUGUUGGGUCGAGCCCGAGAAGUUUGAGCCAGAGAGGUUUUUGGGCUCGAAGAUUGACUUCAGGGGACUGGAUUUUGAGCUGAUACCAUUUGGGGCCGGGAGGAGGGGUUGUCCCGGGAUUACGUUUUCUAUGGCUGCUGUCGAGUUGGUGGUGGCGAACAUUAUCGACAAGUUCGAUUGGGAGUUGGCCCGUGGGGAAGAUAUGGACACGAGGGAGCGGUUUGGAGGUACGGUUCGGAGGGCCAAACCUUUGUUGGCAGUUGCAACUCAAGUUAUUACUAAAUAA